AUGUUUAUGCUUCCAUCGAGAGUCGAACAUUCUCCACAAAGAUUUGCCAAUUCAAUUGGACUCGUUGUUGAAAGAGAGAGAAGAAACACUGAAUUCGAUUGUGUUCGAUUUUUGGUCGGAAGUUCGAAUAUCACACUUUUCGAACGUUGGUUUUAUUUGAAAGAUGUUGUGAAAGAUCUUCCUCCUUUGAUCAAAGAAUUCUACAAUUCAAAUGAAUUCAAGACAGGGAAACCAGGAAAGGGUUCUUUCACAGUAACAGCUCCAUAUGAGGCGAAAUGGGUAGAUCUUCCACAACCAAUUAAUCGAAAAGAAUUCAUUUAUGAUCAUAUCAGCGAAGUCAAGUUAGUUUUGAAUUACACAGGUUACUCAAUUUUUGAUGAAUAUUUUUAGAAAUGGCCCAGUGAAGAUUUAUGGAGCACCUGAAUAUAAAACCGAAGUAAUGUUAUUGGGUGAAGGAUCAUAUGAUUUGGAAAGUGGAGCAGUUGAAUUGCUCAUUUGGCUACAAGAAAGCACAUUUGCUGUGAUUGAAGAGAAUGGUUUCACAUAUGCAUUGAAAUCUGAAACAAUUGUCAGGAUAAAACCAAAUACUCGAUCACUUUUGAAUAUCAAAGGAGGUUUUGUAAUAACAAUUAGAAUGUUGUGA